AAGUGAGAUCAGGAUUGGUCAGGAUUAUAAUGUUGUAUACUGAACUUCCCUUUAUCCUCAUUGAAUAUUUAAUCUGCAGUUAUCAAUGUUGCUGAGUUAAUUCCCUAAUUGUAUAAUAGUUCAUACAAAUAAUAUAACUUUUUCGAUUCCUACCAAGAUGUGUACUUCAGUAAAAAACAAAAAAUAUCAGAAUAAUGAUACAUGUCAUUCAGUGUUUGAAACAUUCAUGAAUUUCUUAAGAUAUUUCAUAAAAUGUUUGAUCAUCCAAUUUCAUAGAGUAUUCGAUUGUCUGAUAGACUUUGUUUUUGGAUUCUAUUAUAACAAUAAGUCAAAGAAAGUUCCGCCGAUAAAAAAUGAUUUAUUGUUGAUGAGUGCAUCGGAGUUAGCUGAAAAGAUAAGAAUAAAAAAGGUAUCAUCUGUGGAAGUUGUUACAGCAUUUAUAGAAAGAGCAAAGGAAGUAAACAAUAUAAUAAAUGCUGUAGUUGAAGAUAGAUAUUCGGAAGCUUUGGAAGAAGCCAAACAGGUAGACAAAUUGUUACAGGAGUCAGAAAAUACUGAUGCACUCAAGAAAGAAAAGCCUUUCUUAGGUGUACCUUUUACAACAAAAGAAAGCAAUGAAGCUAAAGGCAUGCUUCAUACAAUGGGUUUAGUCAGUAGACGUGAUUAUCGUUCUGAAGAAGAUGCUACAGCAGUACUGUCUAUAAAAAAGGCUGGUGCAAUCUUAAUAGCAAAAACAAAUGUUCCUGAGCUAAAUUUGUGGACUGAAUCAAGGAACACUUUAUAUGGACAAACUUGUAACCCAUAUGAUACUACUAGGAACGUUGGUGGAAGCAGUGGGGGAGAAGCAGCAAUAAUUGCUUCUUGUGGCUCUGCAUUUUCUAUUGCCAGUGACAUUGGUGGAUCUACUAGAAUGCCUGCCUUCUUUAAUGGUGUUUUUGGCUACAAACCAACUUCAGGUUUAAUAUCAUUAAAAGGUAUUGGACUUCGACAAAGUGAUUUUCCUAAUUCUAUGGCACAAGCAGGUCCAAUCUGUAAAAAGGCAGAAGAUUUGGCACCUAUUUUAAAAGUUUUAGUAGGAGAAAAAGCAUCAUUACUGAAACUUGAUACACCAGUAAACAUGAAGACUCUUAAUAUUUUUUAUCAAAAAAGUUCAGGUGAUAUAAGAGCAAGUAAGGUAAAUUCCGAAAUGAGAGUUGCUCUUCUAAAAGCUGUGCAUCAUCUUAAAGAACUUACUGGAUCAGCAACAAAGGUAAAAAUACCAGGUUCUGAAUAUAGUUACCGACUCUGGAGGUACUGGAUGACUGAAGAAGGUGUCAACUUUAAAUUGAAUAUAACAAAUAAAAAGUAUUGCACAAAUGCUACUACGGAAAUCAUGAAAUUAUUAACUGGAAAAUCAGAAUAUACAUUUGCCGUGAUUAUGAAGUUAAUCGACGAAGAUUUCUUUCCAAAAGAAAAUGCUGAAUGGGCAAAGAAUAUAACUGAAAAUAUGAAAGAAUAUUUACUGGAUAAAUUAAAGGAUAAUGGAGUGUUACUGUAUCCAUCAGCACCUUUUCCAGCUAGUUAUCACUAUACAGCUUAUUUCAGACCUUUCAAUUUUGGUUACUGGUGUCUCUUCAAUAUUCUGAAAUUCCCAGUUUGUCAAGUGCCCCUUGGUUUAAGCAAGGAUGGACUACCUAUUGGUAUCCAGGUUGUUGCAGCUCCAUAUAAUGAUCACAUCUGUAUUGCUGUAGCACAAGAAUUGGAGAAAGCAUUUGGUGGUUGGGUACCACCAGCUUAAUUAUAAAAGUUAAAGUUUAUACAGUUUUUUUAAACUGUACUAAGGAUGUUUGGUUAAUAAUUAAUAAUAAUAGCUGUUAUUACUAGUAGUAAUAAUACAGUAAUAAUUGUUUCGUAAGGAUUGGUAUAAUGGUAAAUUUUUUUGUUAUUGCUUUCAUGUUAGUUUCUUCUUUAUAUCACAGUUUGUUUGUUAUAAUGAAAUUAAGUUUUGAUUUUAACCACAAUAUCAUUUUUUUAAUUUCCGAAAAUUUUGUCACACUCAUACCAAUAUUUGGUAGGAGUGUACUAAGUUCGUUAUUUAAUUUAAUUUACAUGUGUUAUAUUAAUUGGUUACUGUUUGAAUAAACAAACUGGUUGAUUGUGAAAUCAUUUUUUUAUUAAUAUUUUUAAUAAACAUAUUGCAGCCAUUAUUAGAAAAUUUUUCUAUAUGCAUUUAGAUAGCUUAUUGCAUAAACAUAAUGCACAUCUCAUUAAAACAGGGUACUUAAAUGAAACAUAAUUUUUUGACUUUGAAUCUCUAAUUUUACAUACAUUUAAUUGAAUAUAUAUAUUUUGAGAAAACAUUUUUUUUAUUGGAUAUUUUAUUAUAUAAUUUUUAUACUGAAUAUGUUAUUAAGUUAUGUUUUUUAUCAUUUUUAUACAGUAUUUUUAUUAAAUGUUAAAGCAUACAGCUUUCUAUCUGUCAUUCCAAUUGUAAUAAUUGUAAUAAUCUAAUUAAGAUACAAUAUGGGAUAUCAAUCUUUUAUUACAUUAAAAUAUAUAAAAUCAAACUGCAAAGUAAUUUGUAAAAUUAUAUGUACUUGGAAACUAUUAAUAAAACUUAUAAAUGGUGAGUACUAAUAUUACACAUUCUAUUAAUGGUUGGACCAAGCUGAUAAAGUACUGUCAAAAAUAAUUGUAUUUUUUUAAAGGAUAUAUUGAGUUAAUCAUGCUUUUGCAUAAA